UCUUGUGUGGUUCUUCUUUCUCUCUCUAUCUAAUGAAUGGGUCCAUUUCAUUCAUCUCCACUUCUCUGCAGAAGCUUUAUUUUGCCUUUUUAAAUUCUCUUUCUUCCUUUUAAUUUGUUUCCAGACCCAUUCUUGUGUUUUUUUCUAGCUUUAAAUCUUGUGAAAGAGAGAGGAGUAAGUAAGAGUAAGAUCAUGAAUAAUCUUGCUAAUCUCAGUUUCUUGGGUUUUGGGUUCUUAGAAAAAAUCCCACUUCUCUGUUCAUGCAUAGAAAUUAAACCACUUUUUUGUAUUGGCUUUUUUAUUUUUGUGGUCUGAGAAAAGUGAGAUACAUAAUGCAUACUUAACUUUUUGGCCUUGUUCUUUUUGUUAAAGAAGAAACAAAAGUCUUGUACCACUGUUUUUUCUGGCUUUUGAAAACCCUCUCUUAUGGACAAAGUGAAACCAAUUAUUUCAUGUGAACUUUGCGUUGCAAUGGCUUGUUUUGGGUUCUCUGGGGAAUAGCCUACAUGUUGUGUCUAUCAGAAUAGAAACAAACCAACUUUAUCUUUUGAGUGUUGCAAAUAUUUCUCGUGUCUGGGGAAAUCGAAUAAGUAUCUGCUUGACACUUCUCCACCUUUUUACUUCGUUUGUUACUGAUUAAGUUUUGUGCAGAAAUCUUUAUUCUUUGUAUUGGACCUGUUGCUGAUAUCUCCUCCUCAAAUGAACGGAAAGGUCCAUAUUUCCUGAAAGCAGAUAAUCAAGGCAUAAAAAGAAUGGUGACAAGGACAACGUAGUAUCUACACCAGAAAGCAUGUCAGUACGCUCAGAUCUCCGCUGAUUUUGGUGGUAUAAGUUCCCAAAGGAGUAAAGUUUGCCAUUCCUUUAGUUCAGCUCCUCUGGCCUAAUAUAUGAUUGAAGCAUAAAAAUCUUUGAAUGAUAUAGAAUCUGUUAUGAGUUCAUGGAAAAUGGAAUUAUCAAUGCUCCAAUAGAUAUAGCUACCCAAAAUUCUGUUGUUAUGGAUGAAAUUCCAAAUUCAGUGGUAGGAUCAGAUUCAUUUGACUUUAGCAACCAAAACCACCUAAACCGAGCAUUGGCUGGAUUUCCCAUGCUUUCAGCUUUGCAGGGAGAACCUAUCGGUGAUAUCCACACUAAUCUUCCUGCAACAAAUCAUUCCAGGGUUUUUGAUUGUAAUGCAUUAGUUACAUCACUUGGAAGAAACGCCAUUAGAGAUGUUUCACUGGGCAUUGAUAAUAUUGACUUUCAAGAGCAUUCUGAAAGGGGAACGCCCAUUUCUUCCGCUCCACUUUUUAAUCUUUUGGCAGCAAGAAGUGGUCUUCCAGAAAAUCUAAACAAUUUAGCGAUUUCAGUACCUUCUAUCUAUCCAGAAGAUCAUAGAAGUAACAUUGCUAAUGACUUCUCCUAUGAUUUAAAUUCUUCAUUUGCAACCUCGAUGAACUGUGCUUAUGAUGAAGUGCUUGGCAAUAUGAAUGUUAAGGGGGAUUUUGAGAAGUCUCAUGUUCCUCCUGAGUUUUGUGGAAAAAUCCCUUUGCGGACAGGGUUUCAACCAUUUUCAUCUGUGGGAAACCUGCAUCCCAGUGGCUGGAUUUCAACAGGUGCACAUGUUACCCCAGAUUGUCAUUACGAUUCAUCUAUAAAAAGUAAUGAGCUGUCUUUAAGUCUUGCCACAUCCCAACCUCCUAUAAUUUAUGGAACAAAUAUUGGUGAUCAGUGCUCUGAGAUAAGCUGUUCUGGUGAAACUCACCAUUACGUGAAUGCAACAAAGUUGGAGUCAGAACAUUCAUCUCACAACUCCAAGGAGCUUUCUCUAAGUUUUGGUUCUUGUGGACCAGCUCAAUUCUCCCAAUUAAUUUCAGGAUCGAAGUAUCUUCUUGCAAUUCAGGAAAUACUUGCUGAAAUUGCAAGCUAUUCGCUAGAAAAUCUAGAUGAAAUGAGUUACUUAAAUGGUGAAAGGAAGAGUGGGCCAAAAAUUCCAUUCUUUUCGAGUUCCCCUUAUGGGAAAGGGAUGCCACCAAUGGAUUGUGAUGAAAAUCCAGAUAUUGAUGGUGGCUUUGGGGCUCAGCUUGAUGCCUCAUUGCGGAGACGAACUAUUGAAGCCAAGAAAACUCAAUUGCUGACUUUACUACAAGUGGUUGAUGAACGAUACAACCAAUGCUUGGAUGAGAUCCAUACGGUUGUAUCGGCAUUUCAUUCUGUGACAGAAUUGGAUCCUGGGAUGCAUACUCGUUUUGCUCUUCGUACAGUCUCUUUCUUGUAUAAAAACCUGAGAGAGAGGAUCAGCAAUCAAAUCCUUGCAAUGAGUGCACAUUUUGAUGGUGAAUUCACAAAAGGGAAGGAAAAAAGUUUUGAAGAUUCGUUUAUCAAGGAGCAAUGGGCUCUCCAACAGCUAAAGAAAAAAGAAAAUCAAAUAUGGAGACCCCAAAGAGGGUUGCCCGAAAAAUCUGUCUCAAUUUUACGAGCAUGGAUGUUUCAAAACUUCCUUCAUCCGUAUCCCAGAGAUGCAGAGAAGCAUUUACUUGCGGUGAAAAGUGGACUGACCCGAAGCCAGGUAUCGAAUUGGUUUAUAAAUGCUCGUGUUCGAUUAUGGAAACCGAUGAUAGAAGAAAUGUACAGAGACAUGAACAGACGAAAAGCUCGGAGGGAUGAUGAAGGAGCAAACAGCAAUAAUCGGAGGCAUUUAAGUUUGAGCAACCAAAGAUUUAAGAUGAAUUGA